UGAUCUGAAACCUAUAGUUUUACCAACACCUUAACAAACAACAGACACAAUGGAGACAGUCAUUUUCUUCUGUGUAUUUUCUUGUUGGAUUAUGCAAAUCACAUCCAGUGAUUUGUCAGCAGGAGGAUCUUCUGUUGUGAGGGUUCGGAUGGGAGAAAACAUCACUCUGAACUGCAGCAUGAGGGACAGAUAUGAAGUCGCCUGGUAUCUUCUCAGAUCUGAUGAACUCGUUCUGUUGAGUUCAGCAGAGAAGGAUGAGACAAAACUCCUGAUCAACUACAAUCUAAACCGAACACGUAUGAAAAUAACAGCUGACAAUUGGAUCACCAGAGUCUCUUUAACUAUUACUAGAGUAACAGAAUCAGAUUCAGGACUUUAUUUCUGUGGAGUAAAGUCUGACGCUCCAGAGAUGUUCUUCGACAAACCCAUCAGACUGGACAUUGAAGGUCUUUUUGGAACAGAAGAGUCAAAAGAUGUUGACAUCACAGACGAGGUGACGGCGACGGAGCGUGUGUUGAUGUUCGCUGGUCUUGGACUGGCUGUGUUUGUGUUUUUUCUGGCUACAGUCGUCGCAGGAGGAAUCAUUUACCAUCGUGGACAGCAGAAAGGAUGGAAAGCAGCGAAACAAGAAGCUCUGAUGGACCAAAGAUCAGAUGAAUGAUCUAUUUCUACUUUAUUUUACAAUCUAACUCAAUAUAGGCCUGUCCUGGAGCUUCGCAUUGCCAGUUAUAUCAGCACUGCUGUAGUUGCUGCAAACUGUGGCUCAGAUGUCUUUUCCUGUUGGCCUGAUUUCACUUCCAUUUCAGAGAAACUGAGAUGAUGUGGUCAAUCUAGCCAGUUUAUAAACAGCAAAACAGUCAUUAAUGGUGUGGUUAUUAUUCACGUUUGUGUGGUUUAUCUUGUGCUUGUCCAUAUAUUCAGUUACAUAUCAAAUCACUUCUUCUGCCGCUGCCUUUAAUGCAAUGCUUAAUAGUUCAGCAUAUAAACAAUAUUCAUAGUUUAGAGUUCAAGUGUUAUGAUUUACAUAACUGCAGUUUUUACAUGUAAAGAGUGAGCUCAAAAAUAACAGCAAACAUAUUGAAUAUUAUUAGGUUGUAUAUCUUUAGACAUUAUAUAUUUAUCUAUGAGCUUUAAAGACGUUUUCAGGAGAAAAUAUAAACUAUUUUAUGGCACAUAAUUCAUGAAUAAAUAAAAAUGUCAACAGAUGUCUUCAAUAAUAAAUGUAUUACUGAAAGAUCUGAUCGAAUAAACAGCUAA